AUGAAAGAGAAGACGGAAUUAAUUGAUUUUGUGUCUGACUUUAUUGACUCGAAUUCCCAAGAAUUCUCUAUAGAAAUUAACCAAUUCUUAUACAAUAAUCCUGAAACAAAUUUCGAGGAAUUUAAAGCACAUGCGCAUCUAACUGAUUAUUUGGAAAAAAAACCUGGGUGGGAAGUUACUAGAUCUGCGUUCGGAAUUGAUACCUCUUUUGUGGCUAUCUUCAAGCAUAAACCUAAAGAAAAUUCCAAAGUAAUUUCAUUCAAUGCUGAAUACGAUGCGUUGCCUGAAAUGGGACACGCCUGUGGCCACAAUCUUAUAGCUACUGGUGCAAUUGCUGCAGCAAUCACUUCAGCUGAGGCAAUGAAAAAGUUUAACAUCGCAGGAACAAUAAAACUCUUUGGUACGCCAGCUGAAGAAGGUGGUGAUGGAAAAGGCAAAAUGCUUAAAUCAGGCGCAUAUGACGAUGUUGAUGUUUCCAUAAUGCAUCAUGGUAAUUCCGAAAGCCCAGGUCAAGCCUUCGUACGUACUGCUGCGUCAUUUAGAUUUAAUAUAGAGUAUUUUGGAAAGGGCGCCCAUGCUGGUGCUUGCCCUUGGCAGGGAGUUAAUGCUUUAGAUGCGGCGUCUAUUUUUAUGCACGCUUCUUCCUUACUAAGACAACAGUUUGAAGCAACUGAUAGAAUUCAUUUUAUUGUGACUGAUGGUGGUGCUGCUGCAAAUAUUAUACCAGAUUACACUAGAAUUAAAGGUAUUAUUAGGGCAAUUAAUAGAACUAAAAUGGCUGAAUUAAAGAAAAAACUCGUUGGCUGUGUUAAAGCUGGUGCAUUAGGUUCGGGCUGUACAUACAAAAUCAAUUAUGAAAAUGAAUAUAACGAUAUGAUUUCAAAUGUGCCUUUAACAAAUUCUUUCCGAAAAUUUUUCAAUGGAUUUUGCGAGAAGGACAAUGAGCCCAAGUUGAGGGACUUUUAUAGCGAAAAAAAUCUUGUUAGCUCAGCUUCAACUGAUCAAGGAAAUGUAUCAUGGAAUAUUCCUUCUCUCCAUUCUUUUUUCUGCAUCAAGUCUGAUAAAGAACCUCACACGAUCGAAUUUGGUGAAGCAGCUGGUAAGGAAUCUUCUCAUGUUGCUUGUCUAAAGUCAGCUAAAUGUAUGUCUUUAACUGGAUUGGAAGUAUUGUAUGAUGACGAGUUUUAUACAAAGAUUCAUUCGUCAUGGAAAGCUGAUAUUGAAAUUUUGGAACCUAAAAAUAUAGACUUGAAUACGUUAGAUGAAGAGUUCACAUACAACUAG